AAGGAAGAAUGAGCCGUGUUGCUUGUUGACUGUGUGAUCUUGCCUCAUCUAGCGCUUUGCUGCAAGCAGACUACAUUUCCCACAAUCCAUCACGAGAAUAGCGCGUCACUAAAAAACAUGGCGGAUUAAUGUGUGCAUGGAGUCCGCUAUUUGUUAUUCGUUGUUGAUAAAUGGAAGCGUAUUUCUGCCGACAAACGACAUAUUCCUGAACAGGUCAAAAUGUUUCGCCGGUCAAGAUUUAGUAUUCGGCCCAAUGUCAGUACGGCAGGGAGAACAGCAGCAACAUCUCAGGAAGCCAGUGAAUCCCCCAGAGAUGUCAGUGUGAGCACCACUCCUACUGCUGUGACAGAUACCAAUUCUGUUGUGACUCCAUCAGAAAAGCCUGUAGCCCCAGGGGAUGGAAAUGAUCAAAGUGGGGAUGGUACCAGCUCCACAGCUGCAGUUCAGAGAAGGAAGCGGUUUUCUGUCAAGCCCAAAGUGGCACCAGGCCGCCCUUCCAACCUUGCUCGGACACCAAAAUCCCCUGUCAAGGCAGUCUCUGAAACUCCUGUUGAAGUCCCCGACUCAGAUCUUGACAAGCCAGGAACAUCCGGCCAAACUAGAACUACAGCAGCCCCCCAAGGACUCCAGUCACCAAAGCGUCGAAGGCAUUCAGAAGAGAGCAAGCAGCCCAAUGUGCAACCUAAACUCACCACCCCAAUAUCCUCUGACCUUUCAGGACCUUCAGCUGUCCCUCUUGCUGAGGAAUCGCUAGAACAAACCAACCUGCCAACAGACAGUGGCAAACAAUUAGAAAGCAAGUCAGGCAGUCAAGUUAAAGAAGUUCCUCCAAGACCACCAGAUAAAGUACCCCUUUCUCUACCAGACAAAGAAACUGUUGAAAUAUCAGAGAGGGCCAAGACUCUAGUGUCAUCUAAAGGUGGACUCUCAGUGUCAUCAUCGGCAUUCUCCUUAAGUAGACUCCUGAAUGACCCAUCUGACCUUCAGAGGCUGGCAAAGGCCCAAAAGCUCAGAGAGUUGCUCAGACAGGAAAGGCACAAAGAAAAGAAACUCAAGAAAGCUAAGGCACGUAUAAAGGAAUAUACUUUAGACCCUGCCAAAAUGACCAUGAGGGACCUUAUCCGUUAUCUACCAGUGUCUAACCCCAUGACAUCUAGUUUAGAAGACUCAGCUCAGGAGAAUGAGACUGUGGUCCCACCUUCACCAGUAAGAGAAGAGUCUCCAGAGAGAGCGCAGGAACCUGAAGUCCCUGAAAUAACUGCUCCAAGGGAGGAGGAAGAGGAGGUGGAGGAGGAAGAGCAGGAAGAGGCACUCAUGGUUCCCCAGGUUAAAGUAGCUGAGGAUGGCUCACUGAUCAUUGAUGAACAGAGUUUGACGGUGGAAGUCCAGAGAGCGAAAGGACCAAACCCAGCACAGGAUCGGGACCCCAUCUUUGAGCGUGGGUCCACCACAACUUACUCAAGCUUCAGGAAAGGGACCUACUCGAAACCCUGGUCCAGUGAAGAGACAGACAUGUUCUUCCUGGCAAUCAGUAUGGUGGGGACAGACUUCUCCAUGAUUUGUCAGCUGUUUCCUCACAGAGCUCGAUCAGAGAUAAAGAACAAAUUCAAAAAAGAGGAGCGAGAGAAUGCUUGGAGGAUUGAUAAAGCUUUCAGAGAGAGGCGCAAGCUGGACAUAGAGUAUUUUUCUAAGCUGCUAGAGAAAAUUCUGGAGGUUCAGAAAAACAGAAAGAAACUCAAGUCCCUAGCUAAGAAGAACUCCCCCAAGAAGCGCCAGAGAAAGACAAAGGGCAAAAAAGCUGCAAAGAAACUGAGUGAUGUGGAGGAGGACGAUGAGGAAGAUGAGAAUCAAGUUCCUGACUUGGAGGAUGAGGAGGAGGGAGAGAAAGAGAAUGAAGAUCUCUGUAAUGAAGGAGGAAGCCCUGUUUCUAAGCCUAAAAGACAACGCAAAAGAAAAACUCGACAGGCUGCCUUGAAUGAGGAGCCAAGUGAUAAGAAAAACAAAACAGGUGAAAACAGCGAUGACCAAGGUGAAGCCUGUGUACCUGAAGACACUGAGGCAGCACUUUCUGAGGACCAUACAAGUUCAGACACGUCUGAGAACACAGAGAAUGUGAAUGCAUGCAAGGACACUGCAAUCAAACCAGCUAAACUCUCACGAGGCAGAGCACCAAAUCCACUUCUGCCUUUGGGCAGGAAGUGGGGUAAAAAGCCACCACCACCUUCCACAAAGGCCAGACAUACUGAAGUAGAUAAAGGGGAUGAGACUGUGAGUGAUGGAUCCUCUAAAGAGCAGGUAAAUAAAGAUUCAUCACCUUCAAGGCAAGCCAAUAAAAGGAAGUCAGCCAGUGCUGACAUUUCCUCUGUAGAAGAGGAUGCCAGCGUUGAACCUCCGAGACCUACCAGGUAUGGAAGAGUGCCCAAACCCACCAAGCCCUUGACUUACUCUGCCAGAGGAGAUGCACACACCUCUGCCUCAGAUACCGCUCCUGUCUCACCAGUGGGAUCCACUGCCUCUGUUGCUAAGUCUACACCCAAAUGCACAGCCAAGAGGGGAAGAACAUCAAAGCAACAAUCAGCCCAAGAGUCCAAAAAGCCCAAACUAGUCACCCUCAGGGCCUCUCGAUCAGAAUAUAGUGAUGAAGAGGAUGAAAAACUGCAGCAUCAGGAAGAGAUUGAAGAAGAGGACCACCCUGCAUGUAGCCCCAGUAAGGACAGCAUUGCUCCUGUGUUUGUUCCUGCGAGCCUGCGCUCCCCACGUCCUGUGAUUUCAGAGGUGGAGGAGACUAUGGAGGAGCUUGAUAUCUUGGCCAAUAUGCCUGAUGUACUGGGCAUCUCCCAAGAUGCACUGUUCCCUGAUGCCUCUUGUGAGCGGGCACAAAAUGAGACAGGCACAGCUGAACCAUGUGAACAUCAGUUGGACCUGCUGGUUGAUGUUAUAGACUUCCUUUCAUCAGAACACGCAGAAGUAUCUGAGGACGAGAGCUACAAUGAGGCUGCUCAAACCCUGUUGACCAUUGGCAACCUGACUCAUCUCCCUCAGUCAGCACAGAAUCAACCAGCCAGCCAAGAUCACAUAGCAGGGACAGCAUCAGUCAGUCAGACAGAAACAGGACAACACCUAGAAGAAGAAAUUGCAUCAACAUCUGCUUCACAAGAGGAAAACAGUGCUACUCCUUUCAUGUCUGUUCAAGAAGUCACAGAAACAUCAGAGAGCAACAGUAUAACAAACAGUGGUGAUGUUUCCAUUACUAAAACCAGUGAUCAGAUGUGUGUUGAACAGAUAACUGUUUCUGAUAUGGACCCUAGCCCUCAAUUACAGUCAAGACCAGAGAGCUCACCAAAAAACUCUUCACAGACCAGGAGAGGACGCUUAUCCAAGGUUAAACCUAAACCUAACCUCGGCCGAGCCACAAGGACUGCACAGCCCAAAUCCCAAGUAGACACAUCAGUAGAACAUACAGCUGAAGAGAGCAACACAGAAGCUGCCAUCCUUCAGAUCACUGAAUCAGCUCAUGAAGAAACAACCCCUCAGAUGCCAGAACAUUAUACCACAUUGUUAAUAGAUGACAUUUCCUGUACUGAAGUCAAACUCACUGAAGAGCUCUCUGUUAGUCAAGAGAUGUCUGUAGGUCAGGCAGAAUUAGUUGCAGUAACAUCAGAUCAGAGUGCCUCAGAAAACCAGAGUCACUGUUUUUCUGAUGCCCAGUUUGAACAAGCCAGCAAAGACACACGGUCAACAUCUGAGUCCUCAGAUAAAAAAUUGAUGUCUCAUGCUGAAAUAAUUAAGAGCAGCCUUAAUAAUUCUGCAACAUCUGACACAUCAGUCAUAGAGCCACAAGUUGAGCUAGAGUCAAAUACAGAUUCUGUCCCAGUCCAAGCAGGCAGUCAACAUUCUGCUACUUAUGUCACACCUGUAGAUUUGCCAGUCAGUCAGAAAGCAGAGAGUGAAUUGGGAUCAACUUGCCAGUCUGGAAGGAGUCGAAUGCAAAAAGUCAAACCCAAAGCAAACCUACCACAGACAUCAAGAACUGCUCGGUCUAAACCUCAAACUACAAAAGACUCUGUAGAGAGAGACUCCUGCCCAACUCCAGUCACCAAAGUCCCGGAAAAAACAAUAGUGGAGGUUGAACCAGAAGCAGCAUGUGGCAGCUCUCCUCAAAAACCAAGUCAAAGCACAGGAACUUCUUCAGGUUUGAUACCAUCAUUGGAUUUAAGCUCUUCUCUUAAACCCACACAGGAACUGUCUACAACUGAGGAGAAAAGGGCAGAUGUUGAACUUGUUGGUGAGGUAUUCUCUGGUGCAGCAACAUCAUAUCAAAGUUCCUCAUGCAACCAGAGCCUUUCUGAAACCCCUUUUGAACGAAGUAGCAGUGACACAGGGUCAACAUCUGAGUCCACAGAUGAAAAAGGGACAACUCAUGAUGGAACAACUGAGAGUACUGAUAACCUGGUGACAUGCAACUCAGCUGUCACAGAAUCACAAACUAGACAACACUCAGCUCCAGUCCAAGACAGCAGUGACCACCCAGCUACAUGUGUUACACCUGUGGAGGGUCAGAAAGAAGAAAGUGAAGCUGCAUCUACUUGCCAAACUAGGAGAGGGCGAUUACAGAAAGUCAGACCCAAACCAAACCUUGCACAGACAUCAAGAACUGCACGGUCCAAACCUCAAACCACAAAAAACCCUGUCAUGCACAUGCAACAUGUGGAGGAACCCUCCAGUCCAAUUUCAAAACCUGGAUCCACUGACAAUACACCAGCAGAGGUAGAAGCACAGCCAAUUUGCGGUAUCACCCUUCCUGUAAAACCAAGUCAAAGUACUGGCACUGCAUCAGGUUUAGUACCAUCAUUGGAAUUAUGCACUACUCACAAACCAACAGAGGAAUCAUCCUCACCCAUGGAACAAAAGACAGAUGUUGGACAAAAUUCAGGCUCCAAGAAUUCAGAACUAAAUAUACCUCAAAGAAGAAGACAUUUCCCCAAGGUCAAACCCAAUUUAGGAUUGUCCACCAGAACUACACAGAAGAAAGUCCAGCCAACCUCAACCUCAGAGCAACAAGCUGUGGAUAAUUCACAAACAGAGCUGAAACUUACAAAGAAAGAUGGCAAGCACUUGUCAUCAACACACUGUCCAUCAACUACAGAGCUCAGCUCAAACAGUUCUGCACAUGCAGAAUUAGAAAAGACAUCAAACACCACAAAAGAUAAGGGAACAUCCUCUGAUGGUAUUGUCAUAGGAACAUCUUGGGUUGCUGAGAAUCAGUCUGUGUUGACAGACUCACUUCCUCAAAAUAAAAGCAGUGAAAAGUCCACAUUUGAGAUGGAAUCCACGGAGGACAAAAUGUCAGAUAAUGUCAGAGUUGAGGCUGGACCUGCUACGCAAGGGGAUUGCAAACUUAAUAUCUCCACCAGAGUUACAGAGUCAAAUAGCCAACCAACAGAUGAUCCAACUGCAGUUUUAGGGGUUCAGUUUUCAGAAGAUUGCUCCACAGAGUCAAAAAUACAUUCUGUAUUGACUGCGAAUCUGAAAGAAAGCAGCUCUCAGCCAUGUUCAGAAAGUGCCUCAGAGGUAAAAAGUCAAGAUGCGGUCCAACAAUGUUCAGAAACCGGUGAAACUAAUCAAUCAUCAAACGACUUUUUCCAGUGUGCUCAAAGCACUGGCAAUACACAGUCAGAGCUGACAGACUCUUCCAAGUAUUCAGGAAAAGCCCCUCAAACUCGUAGAGGCAGGAUUCUUAAACCCAAACCUAACGUGGGACGCAGUGGUCGACCUCCACAACCUCAACCAGUCAAGAGCACAACACCAGCAGAAGCAGAUCCUGGUACUCGCUCAGAGGGUGUGAAUGCUUCAGCUUCCCACAGCUCUAUGUCUACACUCCAACCUGACAUUCUGGAACCAGUAGAGGGAGCUAUUGAACAACAUAGUAACCAGGAGUCCCCACCAAACGAUGAUGGGGCCCUGCUGGGCUGCUUGACACAAAUUAUCGAACAACUGAGUCAACAUGACUCCGCUCCAAAUGAUGCUGGGUCCUCUCAGGGUUGUGUGCCACAAGUACCUGACAGUUCUUCUCAGGACACAUCAACAUUAAGUACAGAUGGGACUCAAAGUCAUCCAAAUCUCACAAUAUUUCCAGACAUGCUGUCGGAGCAGGCGCCUUCAGAUCCAGAGGAAACGUUUUUCAUCCUCGCACUGACUGAGAUCCCAGUCUGCUCAUCAGGGGAGGUGGUGGACAGUGCAGCCGAGCCCCUCCCUUAUCUUCCUGUAGCAGAUGCAUCAAUACAGCAACAGAGCAGUGUUCCUGGAGAGAGUUUGGCAGCAGCGGGAGAUGGGUCUCUCUCUAGUGUCUCUGAGCCCAUGUCCAUUGAGGGGAGUGGUGAAAUGGGCCUCAUCAGUGUAAAAGAUACUGAGCCGGACCCAGCUGCCUAUAUUGAUUCAGUCAUGGAGAAUGCAGUGGAUCCUCAUGAGAGCACUAGUGUCCAGCUACCCAAAUUAUCAGAGACUGAAGAGAAUAAUGAUGAGACUGAAUUUACCUCUUCAAAGCAGAGACUAACUGGAAGGAGAGGCAAACAGCAAGUUAAGUCCAAUAAUACAAGGAAGAAACAAGCCAGCAAGACCCUAGUCACAAGCACUCAGGACUCAGAGCUUCCUGGGCCUUCCAGGGAGCCGGAAGCCUCUGAAUCAACAGCAAAAACAGGCGAUGAGGUCGUCACUGAGCCACAGAAAAGAAGUGGUGAUAAUGUAAACACUGAAAAGGAGCCUAAUGCAGAUGAGAAGGGCCCUGAGGAUAUCUCAGGAGCACAAACUCAGACUACAAAGACUAGGGGCACCAGGACUGGGAAUAGAAAACCCAAAGAUUUCCGUUCCUUCCUUUCUGACAUGAACAGCACUGCACCUUCAAGCUCUCCUUCACCUGUCAAAACAUCUUCCAAGGGCCCUAAAGUCAAAGCUACGCACACGAGAACAUGCUCUACCAUAACACCUGCCUCAACAUCACACAGUGUCACUCCCACACCUGAUCCAACACAGCUGUCAGAGGAAACUCACUCAACAUCUUCUACCACCUCACCAACACCAACAGAGGUGGGUAGUGAACAGACCACUGAACACAACCAACUGUCCUCAGACACAGCUCCAAGCACUUCUCAGUGUUCAUCUGAGGUUUCAGCUUCUCAGCAGAGUGACUGUGUGGAGAGCAGCUCUACAGAGGAGGAGCCCACCAGUGUCUCUCAGUACUUCUUAAGUGAUAUUUUCACAGAUGUGGAAGAGCAAUAGAGAAGUGGAUUGAGAGGAGGAACCUGCUGGUGGCUUACCUUAUUUAAAAAUAUUUUUUGUUGUGUGAAGUUAUUUCUGUAAAGGUUAAUUUAUAAGAAAAGGCUGUAUUUUUAUUUUUUGAUGCCAGUGAGGCUGAAUUUAUUUUAUUCACAAACUUAUUUUCAUUUCAUUUUCACAAGCACUUUCAAUAUGUAUUGUGGUUUCACUUUACUGAAAUGCCUUUUUAAUUAGCCAUUUCAAAUAAUAUGACAGUGCACUCAUUAAUAACAAACACAUUAGUUGGACUGAAAGGGGUGGCAGCUUUUUCUUUAUAAUUCAUAAUGUUUAAAGCCUCAGAUUUCUUAAUUUGUUUAUUAUCUAGCUGUGACAAUGUAAAUAUUGUACAAUAGCAAAUAUGAGUUCCAUAUUAGUUCCAUUUUAUCACAACAUAGGUCUCAGGAAUAACCAGUUUACCUGACAACAUAUACAAUUGUACAUUUAAAUGAAUUGCCCUUAAAUUUGGUUUUAAAUUUCAUCAGUAUAUUCUGUCAGGUCACCCCAUAUAGAGCAGAGGAAAUAAAACGUUAUUUAAGGAAAAUUACUACAAGCAAGCGUAGGUUAAGACAGUUUGUUAUAUUGUAAAUAGUGUAGAUUAAAUGAACGCUCCCUGUACAGAUAUAGCAUUCAGAUUAUUAUGUUUGGUACUUCUACCACUUAAAACACAUCAUGUGUCCUUAGAUGUUACAUUCGCAAGUAAAACAAGAAAUUCUAUAAGAUCUAAGUAUUCGUUCAUCACCAAUGGAUUCAGUCUUCAUUAUAAUAUAUUAGCAGUAUUAUAAAAUACUGCUAGUAUAUAAUGUUCACAGCAAUAGUAAAACAUUUCUGCUGAAAAUACCCCGUUUCUUUUACCUCAACCUUGUCAUAUAGGAGUCACAUUGAGCUGAAAUGUAUGGUGGCUGGUGAAACUUGGUGAACAGUAUAUGACAACUGCUAUUUACAACAUCACAGAUGAAAUUCGGUAUUUAUGUCCUGGUUUAUGUCCCGGACACAAUAAGGGUACAAACUAUUGCACCAUACAAUAAUGCAAUCCAGUUAUUCACAAUGCCACAACUCAUGACCUCAGAAAUUACUGUAGUCAACUCUGACUUGGUCACUAAAAAUGUAACAUGACUAACUGUACUGUAUGUAAAGUUAUUUUUGAAACAAUCUGUGUACUUUCUAUUUAAUAAAUUGUAGUUGUAUCAUG